AUUCUCUCAAGAACCACAUUCGCUUGAGGACCAGAAACUCUCACAACUGCUACUCCACAUUUUCCAUGUCCACUAGCUAAGGCAAAAAUCGUUCUUUGAUUUUCAAGACAUGAAGAAAGAGAAGACGCAUAUUUGUUAUCUUGGAAGUUGUCAGCACUUAUAUUUUUCAGUUUGUGUAAAAUAUGCUGCCUGGAUACCGUGUAAGUCCGUUUGAAAUAACAGCAAAGUCUUUGAUGAUGAGAUCGAGAUACAGCGAUGGACUUCCACCAAGGAGCGAUUAGCGCUACCUCGUUAAAACGAAGCCGACGGAGUGGGCGAAGAAUGGCUACAGCGAUUCGAUCAAUAUAAUGCGGCAUUUUGAUCUACACUAUACGCUGAUUCGGUGAUGAAAACAAGCUCUCAUGAUAUUGAAUAUGAUAGCGCUGAUACGAUUCAUCUACCACUUGUAAUCAAUGGCCAAAAAUUCAUUCAUCCGGUUUUGUUUCUGCAGUAACUUAAUUUGUUUAUCGUUGCAGACUAACUUAGUUGCAGACCACACUGCGUGCUUGUCGUAUUAAAAAAGAACAAAGAGCGUUAUUACAGAGAUUGGUAUUCUCCCGAAUCCGCAUCCACACGGCGCUCAUCUCAUUUGCUACGCAGCUCCAUGUCGAUAUGUCUCCUCUUUUUGAUAAGGUCUAUGUAGAUCGGAACCCCGGGAAUCUCAAAAUGACAGCCAGUUAUUUAUACCGGUAAUGGAUUCAGAAGAUAACGGGCAAUGGCUGCCUCAAAACUCAUGAAGUCAAGUCGAUUGGUACAAGCUAUUAACGAUGAACACCUCAGCCGGGCAGCAACGUUGCUAAAAGAAGGAGCAUGUCCAAAUCUGCUUCUUCCAGCCGAGGGUGUGACUCCUUUUCAUCUUGCAGUUGGCUGUGAUUCUCGCCAUGCUCUAGAGCUUACCACUCUCUUCCUUCAACACAAUGCAGACCCUAAUGUCAGAUCGACAGAGGGGCUCACACCUGUCCAUGUAGCUGCUUCAUGGGGGAGGUUUCAAGCCCUGGAACUCCUGCUGUGGAACGGGGGUGACCCAUCAAUAGAAGAUGAGGAGGGGAAUACAGCCAAGAACAUGGCUGAGAGUAGUAACCACUGGGACUGCAUCAAUCUUCUGGAUAUGUGGAUAGAUGGUCAAUAUAGCGACCCAGAAGGAGAAGAUGAUGUCGGGAGUAUUCCACUUGCUUCUCGGGAACAAAGCAAUCAUGAUAUAUGUGGUUCUCCAGGUUAUCUGUCCGAUCAUGAGAUGCUGAGUAACCCAUCACCUGACAAAGAUGGCCACCUCUACAAUUACAAUGCUGGUUACAGCUGGAGUCCGGGCUCUGCAACCAGCUCAACUUUGAGUUCUACAGAUAAUGAGUCCCUUUUUCAAGGUUUAGAAGAGGAGGAUGACACUGACCAUGAUCUAGAUGACUAUGAGAUAUCAUUCCCAAAGCACCACCUAACAACUCACACACCAUGUCAUGAUCGUCCAGAGAGCGUGCAGUCAUCAUAUGGAGAGACUUCCUUAAAUCGGGCAUUGCUCUCCAUGAACCUUGACAACUACAGUUCGUCAUCAAGCUCAUCCAACAGGUCUUCAUCAUCGUCUGUAGUAUCUCCAUCUUUGUGUCAGACCAGUCAAAGUCAGAGUGAGGUACAUUCUGAAGGAGAGGGCGCCCUAUCAGCCGAUGAACACACAUUGACUGGCUUUGGAUUAGAUGUGACCUCUCCAGAUCACACUGUUAUUUUCACAAAGGCUACUGAUAAAGACAGGAGGAGGACAGUAUUCUGUCCUCUUAAAUAUCCAAGCAUAGAUUUUGAAGAGCAGGGGGCCUUGAGUUCACCAGAGUCUGCAGUGGUCAGCAGUGUGAGCGAAAAGGGACAAGAAGAUGCAUCUAUUUCUUCAUAUUAUACAGCUGAAACUGAAGUAAACGAAAGGAAGCAAUCACUUCCUGAGGCUUGUGAGGCAUCUCCAUCAUCUUCUUCAACAUCCAGUAGUGCUCUCUCCUCUCCCAGCUCCGGCGUGUCUUCAAGAUCUGUGUACUAUAACAGAAGAUCAGGCACUUCUCUGAUUGAAGAACACUUCCUUCCUGCCUCUGGAAGUGAGCCAUCUCUGCUCAACUUUAGCUUCGCUCCUGCAGAUGACACCAUUAUCUAUGAUUGGGCUUCUUUCAAAUCAGACUCUGUUGAGGAUGACGCGCCUCAAAGGUUGGAGAUUCCGCCAGAACUUGCCAAGCUUACAAACACUGAACUGAAGGCUAAACUUCAUGAUCAUGGUGAGGAUGUUGGACCAGUUACAGCGACUACAAGAUCAGUGUACCUCAAUUUCCUUGUGAGGUUAAUGCAGGAUGGUGGUUGUACAACCAAGAGAUUGAAACAGAAGCAAGAUAUGGCCAAUAAUAAUUUUCAGUAUGAAUUGGCUGAGGUACUGAGUGAAACCAAACCCUUACCAGAGAGUAAUGACCUUGAAAAGCAGAUGGUAGAACAGUUUCAAGAACCUGAUCCAAAGAGAAAAUGGAGAGAGGGCAAAUUGAAGUCUUCCUUUAAUUACCUUCUCCUAGACCCACGUGUAACCAGGGACCUUCCUAGCCGGUAUCCCAAACUCACACAGCUGGAGACAUUCAGGACCUUUGUAUCAGCCAUAUUCUAUGUGGGCAAGGGUAAAAGGUCACGACCUUAUGCACAUUUUGAAGAAGCUCUCGAUCAUCUUAAGAAGAAGAUGACUAAAAAGCCUGGUUCUAAAGUUCUACAUAUCUUAGAUGUAUGGUCUGGCGGAAUGGGUGUGGUUUCAUUACAUUGUUUCCAGAAUGUUAUACCAGUGGAAGCCUAUACCAGAGAAGCUUGUAUGAUUGAUGCACUAGGUCUUUCCCGCCUGACCAACGCCAAGAGGGGAGAUUACUAUGGAGUGGCUCACAGCUGGUCCGGGGCAAAGAAACGAAAGAUUGGAGUACAUCUUCUUCACAAAGCUUGUCAGAUCUUCUUAAUGGAAGGUGAGAGGCAGAUUAGGAGUGGUGAUAUUACCUCGGGCCAGUGACUGAUUAGGGUCUAUUUUUGCUUGGUCUACAAACAGUUGGUCUACAUUUGGGUAGUAUAAUACAAAAUGAGCUUAAACAUAUUUGUUCCAACUGCCAUUUGGCCUUAACUAAACUUGGUGAAAUACCCACUUGUCUAAUUCUCAUUUAGUCAAUUGCCCAGUUCAUCUAAUUUACACUUCAUAUACUAAUUAUUUUUUGCUUUGUAAAAUGAAAAAAAGAAGAUCCAUAAACAGUUCAUCUGACCAUGUAGACUAUUAGACAAAGUGGAUAUUAGAUGAAAUGGGUAUAGUCUAACUGGAAAUAAUAUACAAAUAUACCAGGCUUUGAGUAAGUAUAGCUGGAAUUAUUCAUCCGAGGUUGGACUGGCAUUACUAUUUUUCCAACAGGGAGGAGCCCUGAGGGAAAAAUAGUAAUUUUGCCAGUACAACUGAGGAUUAAUAAUUCCCUCUAUACUUCCAAAUAAAG